AUCGAUUUUAAUUUAAAAAUUGUGAAAAUCAGAGAAAAUUGAAGAAAUUUUCUUUCUUGACGAUAUUUGUGUUUUUGGUUCCUUUAAAUUAUAAUCUUUUGACGCCAGUGUUUAAAAUAAACACUGAAGAGAAAUGAAUGUAAACGAGCAGCAUGAUAUUGUGAAAAAAUCCUUAUCGCAAUUCAUCAAGAAAAAUAUCCCAGGUGCAAACUUGAAGGUCCUUGACGAUGUCGUUUUAGAAUACGUUAUAUCUAUUCUUGAAGAGGCAUCUCAAGAUGAAAGCUUUGAUGUCGAAGCAUUUCAAGAAAUGAUGUCGGCAUAUUUUGCUGAUUUUGCCAAAAUUGAUCCGGCAGUCAUUUGUUCAUGGAUCUUUGAGCUUGAGUCUCAAUUGUCUAAAUUAGACGAGCCAAAAGAAAAUGGAAAGCCAAUUCUCAGCUUUGAAACAUUAAGAUUGACAGACUUGAUUCCGGAGGAGAAAUUAAUUGGUCGUCCAUUAAACACGUCAAAUACAUCGAAUGAAUCUUUCGAAACAAACAGUCAUGUCAAGAGAAUCCAACAUUUGUCCGAGACAAGUGAUGGCAGUGGAUCAACAGACAGCAAUUGUGACUUGUUUUUGGAAGAUUGUGAACGUUUACAGGAAAUGUUUCCCGAAAGUACAUCGAUGGAAAUCAAGUAUUGCAUGACAAUUGCAAAUGGUGAAACUGAACGAGCUCGUCAAAUCAUCUUGCAUCGACAAGAAUCUGGCCAAAGUUUUUACAAUUCUGGGCGUACUAAUAUUAAGCAUUCCAAGGUUGUCGAUGAAAAGGAAUUGAAGAAUCGUAUCAUUGAAAGAUACUCGUACGUCGACCAAAACGAAGCAAAGCAAGAACAUCGCCCAUUCAUUCCGAAGGUAGAACCGAAAAAGAUGAUACGAUAUCGAGACAACAAGAUUGUGUCAUUAAAAGGUGAACGAUAUACGGAAAAUGAUGGUGAACUCCGUAAGCCAAAAAAGGUUCAACCGUAACAAAACGCUUUUGUUGUGCGGAAACAUCAAACUUUGACAUCCUUUAUGUAUACCAUCCUAGUGUUUAUGUGUGUCCCAAUACUGAUGAUUCUUGAUGUUUACCCAUUUUCAUUCUUAACUAAACGAAUGAUCUCAACUUAUAAUGACAACUAUAAUGACGAUAAUGAUGAUUAUCAUUACUCAAAAAAAUAUUUUCCAACAAAAUUAUCUCAUUUCCUAUUAUACAGUGGUAGUUGUAGCUCAGCACUAUAUUUUAUAAACUCAAUCUUUUCGUCUGUGACACAAUCAUUCAAAUUACGAAUGAUCUCUUCAUUUAAAUUUGUGAUAUUUUCGAAUUUCAUUAAAAGUUCAUUUGAUGCUAGUCAUGA